AUGGUGAGCAAAUUGUCCGAGAUAUUUUCCGUCUAUGAAGAAUUUUGUUGUGUGAAACCGUGCAUGUUGUUGAAUCAAGUUUGUCAUGGCUGUGUGCGGUUCGGGGAGUGUUGAUAUCGAAAGCGAUGGAACGAUUGCUGCAGGCGAAACGGCGACUAUUUCGGGGCCUGAUUUCUCGCCUGUAAUCCACAAGCAAAUUCUACAGUCCUAGAUGCCUUUCCAAUAGAGUCGGGCUACGUGACAAAGGGGAGCGAAGCGACGAAUUUACCUUUGAACGAUGAAGUUGACUUUCUUGGCGAAUUGUGGAACGGACAAGGACUCGGAAGUACGGAAGAGACCGUGAUCGAGAAUCCAAACUUAGAAAGCGCUUCUGCUGGCACCGCGAGCAUCGGCGGAAAAAGAGAACACAAGUUAACGGAGAGAGGUAAAUCAUAUAAACUUGCUCGAGAUGUCCGUGAGCGAAAGAGACUCAAGAGAGAAACACAGGAACAAAUUGCUAAUAUUCAGACACUCAUGGAACUGAAUAGAAAGCUGAAAAAAGUCAGUCAGGAAUGCAUUAAAUUAAAUGAACGAUUCAAGUAGUUUGGGGAUCUUCAUGAAGAGAUCCAGGACUUGCUGAGUGGAGAAGAGCAAGCACAGGACCACCAGGUCUACAUUAAUUUGCAUGAAGAGAUAGUUCCCUUUCGUGAAGUGGUUCAGAAAUGGAUGACUAAUGCUGAACAGCAACUCAGAGGUGAAGAAAGGGAAAAGAAUUCAACCAAGUCAAGUCUGAAGUCCAAAAAUAGUAAAGCCUCGCGUGCAUCCACCACCUCCUCUAGAACAAGAGCCUUGGAAGCCAAAGCCAAAGAAGUUGAAUUAAGGACAUGCAAGGACUGCACAACUCGAUCAAGUGGAAACUGCAAAAAGAGAAACAGAAAGAACAAGGUUGAUAGCUUAGUGUGCAAUUGCUGGUGCUGUUAGCAAAGUCUACGACGACGCAAUAAAGGAGGAUGCAGAACAAUACCUAGGAUCGUAUGACGCAGACAAGGAUGAUGCUGUCAUGAGCCCGAGGUCGACUAAAAAAAGACAAUUACAACCAUCAUUUAACUCGGCGACAGGAGAGGCAGUUGGUACCUUGAAUCCUCAUGCACCAGAGUUUGUCCAUUCUUCCCCAUAACCUUUAAAAUCACAGGCUAAUACUGGUUUGAGCUCAGCUACCCGACUCGCAGACGAACAUAAAGAUUGUACUGCUGUAAAAAAUACUUUGCGAAAUCUGCAGACGUGUCGAGAAUCAUCACCAGUUGAAUAUACCUCUUCUAAUAAAGAGACUGGAUGUGAACCCAAAGCAACCUUCUGGGAAAGGAUGGAACUAAGACUGUCACAGCUGCCACCUGAGGCUCCCCUUUUGAUGGCGACCCAGCUAAGUGCCUACGGUUUAGAGCAAAUUUCCGGGACCAAGUUGAAUGUAAAAAAUCACUGUCUGACAGCGAGAGAUUGA